AUGCCGAUUAGCCCGUUGGCAGGCGACAAGCCGCGAUCCCGGAAAUCAAAGUCUCCCAAAGAUUUUGCACACUUCAGCUACGCCUCCUCCACGCCGAGCCUGUUGAAUGGAAGCGGCGAGGGCAAGUCCAUCAGCAGCGCUCGCAUGUCCGAUGGCCUGAUUAGCGUCUCGUCCCCGCCUCAAAGCCGAAGUUCCUCGGCGCAGGAUUCGUACUCAACAUCAGCGACGACGUAUGAUGACUCUGGCGAGGGCUCGGCUCAGAAAACAGACUCCACCUCCUCGCCGUCCGACAAGAGGUCCUCGGGGACAGAAGGCAAGGGUAACGUCAUUGUCAGCGUGCGGGUACGACCUGAUAGCAACGCCGACCAAGAAAGUCCCGACGGGGAGUGGAUGGUGGACGGGCGCAAGUCACUCAUAGCAUUCCGGGGCAAAGAGGGCGGAGACCACUAUUAUGACAACGUCUUCGCGACCCACGACAACAACGCCCGUGUGUACGAUCACAUAGCGAAGCGACUAGUCCGCAGGGUCAUGGAGGGGUAUCAUGGUACUGUGUUCGCCUACGGCAUGACGGGUACUGGCAAGACGUUCUCGAUGCAGGGAACUGCCUCGUCCCCUGGUGUCAUUCCACUUGCCAUCACAGACAUCUUUUCUUACAUUCGCGAGACACCCUCACGCGAGUUCCUGCUGCGAGUCAGCUACCUGGAGAUUUAUAAUGAGAGGAUUCACGACCUAUUAAGCAUGCCAACGGGAAGCGGCAUCGGAAGCAACGCUCAGCACGAGGAGAUUAAGCUGCGCGAGGAUAGCAAGCGUGGCGUGUACGCCACCCCUUUGAAGGAGGAGAUUGUCCAGAGCCCCACGCAGUUGCUACGGGUCAUUGCUCGCGGGGACCAAGCCCGACGAACGGCCAGCACCCAGUUCAAUGCUCGCAGCUCGCGCAGCCAUGCGGUUGUGCAAAUUGUCGUUGAGAGCCGCGAGCGGAUACCCAGCGGAGGCACCGGAGCUUGGGAUGCCAAGCGAUCCGGCCUGCUACCCGGUGGAGUCCGGGUCUCGACCCUUAGCUUGAUCGACCUUGCGGGCUCGGAGAAGGCGGCCGAGUCGAAGGAGCGGAGGCAAGAAGGCGCGCACAUCAACAAGAGUCUGCUCACCCUGGGAACCGUCAUCGCCAAGCUUUCCGAGUGCAAGGACAAGGAGGCCAAAGGCAGCGACAAGGAGGGGAAGCACCUGCCAUACCGCGACAGCAAGCUGACCCGCUUGCUUCAAGGAGCCCUGUCCGGCAAUUCGCUCGUCAGCAUCCUCUGCACGAUCCAGAUCGGGGCAGCCGGAAGCCCGGCUGCGUCAAGCCACCACACUACCGAGACGCUGAAUACACUCAAGUUUGCGUCGAGAGCGAAGAACAGCAUCAUUAGCCACGCAAAGAGAGCCGACGAGGCCCUCGGUGCCGGAGGCGACGGAGGCGCCAGGGUUUUGCUGGAACGCUAUCGAAUGGAGAUUACCGAGCUGAAGCAGCAACUGGAGCACCAGGCGAGGAAGAACAAACAGAUGCUCGAGAUGCAGCUGGCAAGAACAGCCCUGAAGGAACGCAUCGAACACCUCAAUCGCCUCAUACUUAGCUCCAAGUCGAUCGGCGUAAACUCGAACGGAUCAAUGAGCUCGCUCGGCCACUACGCGCGAUUCUCGCAACUGUCGCUGAACGGCUCCGUCCGCUCAUCGAUUGCCACGUCCAACGGAACCAAGGCAUUCCCCGAACGGACAACUUCGCUGACCUCGGCGUCGUCGACCGUUGGACGGCGAUCAAGUGGCGGGCAGCGAGUGGCCAGCGACGAGGAGGAGGACAGCAUCGUCGAGCUCGGAGACGGAACGGCCUCUUUGGCGGCGCAAAAUCGAGCACUGCAAGCUGAUGUGGCGGACAAGAAUCGGUACAUUGCCACAUUGGAGAAACGCCUGCUCCAUGCGCGACGAGCCAGCUCAUCACGCACUUCGGUGGGCCUCUCGGCGCCGAACAAGGGCAUCAUGGUGGGGGAGGACCACAGCGUCUCUGCGGUGCUCAAGGACAAGGAUGCCGAGAUUGCGGAUCUGCGUGCCAGGCUGGACGACAAGGACCGGAUGCUGACAGCCCUCCGGAGCGCAGCGCGAACGCGAGAUACUGCCGAUGCAUCGGGCGAGCCCCGUUCCCCUCAGUCCAACGGUGGGAUGCGCAGUGUGCGGCCGACGAGCCCGACGCCGAUGAUGCACCCGAAGAGGCGAACACAGAGCGUCGACGAGAUGAACAGGAUGCUGGAAGAGAUGAUCCAGGACAAUGCCGAGACGGGCAACAUCCUGAGGGGCGUACGGGGUAGCGUUCGCCUGCCUCACGGACAAAACCCUGAUUCUUUGGCAGAGCCGACACAAGAUUUGGAACCACUGCGGCAGAGCCCGAAUUCGCCCGAAAGAUCGAGGCCGAUAGCUGCAGAGGCCCACUGA